AUGCCAACCCUGAAUGACUUUUCAGAGCAGGUAGGAGAAUUUGACUUCUUCCAGAAAAAAACCCUCUUUGUUUUAUGCCUGCUUUCUGCUACCUUUUUUCUUAUUUACGUGGGGAUUUUUUUCCUGGGUUUCAUCCCUGAGCACCAUCACUGCAGCCCCAGGGUGGCUGAGCUGAGCCAGCGGUGUGGCUGGAGUCUGGAGAAGCAGCUGAAUCACACAGUCCCCAAGUGGGAUGGCCAUGGGUCCAGUUACAACAGCCGCUGCAGGAGGUACAAGGUGGACUGGAAUGCAACAGGCAUCAGCUGCAGCGAACCCCCCAGCAGCCUUGUGGGCAAUGGGAGCACUGUUCCCCUUGGUCCCUGCUGGGAUGGCUGGGUUUACAACUUCCCAGGGAGCUCUCUUGUGACCAAGUUUAAUCCGGUGUGUGAGGACUCCUGGAAGCUAGACCUCUUCCAGUCAUGUGUGAAUGCUGUGGUUUUUAUUGGCUCCAUGAGUGUUGGCUACAUAGCAGACAGGUUUGACUGCAAACUCUGCCUUCUGGUCACAGUCCUCAUCAACGUGGUUUUGGGGGUUCUGAUGCCCUUUGCACCAAGCUACACCUGGACAGGGAUCUUACGCCUGAUACAGGAACUGGUCAGCAAGGGGGGCUGACUGACAGGCUACAUCCUCAUUGCAGAACUUGUUGACUCAGACUACCGGAGGGCAGUGGGCAUCACUUACCAGCUUGCCUUCAGCCUGGGACUCCUCAUCUUCACCGCCCCGGCUUAUGCACUUCCACACUGGAGGUGACUCCAGCUUGCAGUCACGCUGCCCAAUUUUUUUUUCCUUCGCUACUAUUGGUAUCUGCCUGCGUCUCCCCAGUGGCUAAUAGCUCAAAAGCAAAACGAUAAAGCUAUGGAAGUUAUUAAGCACAUUGCCAAGGGAAAUAAGAAGAAGCUACCUCUUUUUUUCCAGAAUUUCAGCUCUGAAGAUGAAGGUAAGUUGAAACCUUCAUUUCUAGACCUGGUCAGGUCACCUCAGAUCAGAAAAUACACAUUCAUUUUGAUGUAUAGUUGGUUCACAAGCUCUGUCCUCUACCAGGGGCUCAUCGUGUACAUGGGAAUAGCUGCCGGGAACAUGUAUCUGGAUUUCCUCUAUUCUGCUCUUGCGGAGUUCCCAGCCACCUUCAUUCUCAUGUUAACACUGGAUCACAUUGGCCAUCGCUACACCCAGGCUGCGGCUAACGUGAUGACCGGGGCUGCUUGCCUGGUUACGGCAUUCAUCCCAGACACUGUGAUUGUUCUAAUAGACAGCGGCUUAGUUUUGCUUCUACCUGAAAUGAAGGGAAAGGCUCUGCCUGAAACUAUUGGAGAUGCUGAAAAUCUGCACAGGCAAGAGAGAAGUAAAGAAAAAAUUAUUUAUCUCCACAUUCUGACUUCCGAAGUUGCCCCCAAGUAA